AUGAAUGUAAUAGAUUAUGUUAGGGACAUGGCAGCUGCCGGACUACACUCGAACGUCCGGAUAAUGAGCAGUUUGCUAUUGACGAUGAGCAACAACAACCCGGAGCUCUUCUCCCCAUCACAGAAGUACCAGCUGCUCGUGUACCAUGCAGAUGCGCUUUUCCACGACAAGGAGUACCGCAAUGCUGCCUGCAAGUACAACAUGGCCCUGCAGCAGAAGAAGGUGCUGAGCAAGACAUCCAAAGUGCGCCCAUCCACUGGUGGGACCGCCUCCUCUCUGCAGGCGCAGAGCCUUCCGUCAGAGAUCGAAGUGAAGUAUAAAAUAGCAGAAUGCUACACCAUCUUGAAAUUGGAUAAGGAUGCCAUCCCCGUGCUUGAUGGGAUCCCCUCGAGGCAAAGGACCCCCAAGAUCAACAUGAUGCUGGCCAAUCUGUACAGGAAAGCAGGCCAGGAACGCUCAGCAGUGACCAGUUACAAGGAGGUGCUGAGGCAGUGUCCCCUGGCCCUCGACGCCAUCAUUGGGCUGCUGUCUUUGUCGGUGAAGGGAGCCGAAGUGGCUUCCAUGACUAUGGAUGUGAUCCAGACCAUUCCCAACCUGGACUGGCUCUCGGUGUGGAUUAAAGCGCACGCCUUCAUACAUGCCGGGGACAACCUGCGGGCCAUCAACACCAUAUGCUCUCUAGAGAAGAAAUCCCUCCUGCGGGACAACGUGGACCUGCUGGUGACCCUGGCAGACCUCUACUUCCGGGCCGGUGACACCAAGAACUCCAUCCUGAAAUUCGAGCAGGCUCAGAUGUUGGACCCUUACCUUAUCAAAGGCAUGGACGUGUACGGCUACCUGAUGGCACGGGAGGGUCACCUGGAGGACGUCGAGGUGCUGGGAGGGAGGCUGUUCAACAUCUCGGACCAGCACGCAGAGCCUUGGGUCAUAUCAGGGUGUCACAGCUUCUACAGCAAGCGGUACUCCCGUGCCCUUUACCUGGGUGCCAAGGCCAUCCAGCUGAACAGCAACAGCGUGCAGGCCCUGCUCCUGAAGGGGGCAGCGUUGCGUAAUAUGGGCCGUGUGCAGGAGGCCAUCAUCCAUUUCCGAGAGGCCAUACGACUCGCCCCCUGCCGACUCGACUGCUAUGAAGGUCUCAUUGACUGCUAUCUGGCCUCUAAUGGCAUCAGAGAGGCGAUGGGCAUGGCCAACAAUAUCUACAAGACACUGGGUGCCAAUGCACAGACACUGACCAUCCUGGCCACGGUGUGUCUGGAGGACCCCAUGACGCAGGAGAAGGCAAAGACACUGCUGGACAAGGCACUGGCCCAGAGGCCUGACUACAUCAAGGCUGUGGUCAAGAAGGCGGAGCUUCUGAGCAGGGAACAGAAUUACGAGGAAGGAAUCACGCUUUUGCGGCAUGCCCUAGCCAAUCAGAGUGACUGUGUACUGCAUAGGAUGCUGGGAGAUUUUUUGGUGGCUGUCAAUGACUAUCAAGAGGCAAUGGACCAGUACAGCAUCGCACUUAGCCUGGACCCCAACGACCAGAAAUCUCUGGAGGGUAUGCAGAAGAUGGAGAAAGAGGAGAGCCCCACGGAGGCCACAGUGGAGGAGGAUGGAGACGACAUGGAGGGCAGCGCUGAUGACGGCGACCUGGAGGGUAGCGACAGCGAGGCGGCGCAGUGGGCCGACCAGGAGCAGUGGUUCGGGAUGCAGUGACCCCUGAGCUCCCCCCCACCCCCGAGAUACCAUCCACUCCUGCAAAGGCAGCCCACGCUUUCUCCUUUAUUUUUAAUGAAUAAUCUAGAGGCGUGUUUCCCAACCCGGUCCUUGGGGACCCUCAGUCAGUCCAUGUUUUUGCUCCCUCCCAGCUCCCUGGCCAGACAGUCCACAUUUCUGUGAGCUGGGAAGAAGCAAAAACAUGGACUAUCUGUGGGUCCCAGAGGACCAGAUUGGGAAAUGCUGAUCAGGAACUCCCCAAAUAAAGCUUUUUGGGGCAGAGUGUGUUCUCCAGCAAGCUGCUCCUAGUUUCCCUCCAUCUCUGACUCCUUGGGGGGCCGCAGUCAGCUUCACCUUGGGUGGGGGGCUUUUGUCGCCUGAACAUCCUAAGUGGGUGUUGCAGUCGUAUUUUUUUCUACUGUUAUCCUAACCCCCAUGCAUUUUUUUUCCACCUGUAUGUGUGUAGGUGUGUGUGUGUGUGUGGCCAUCAUGCCACGUGCCAGUUUUCUGGCGUCAUUGUUACUGCUUAUUUCAAGAUGUAACUCAUUAUGAGCUUUAUUUUUAACAAACAAAAGCUGCCAAUCAUGUAAGUGUCUAAUCAUGGAACAACAUUUCUUGGCACUGUUAAUGGAAUUCCUAAAGGAGUUGUGAAAGUUUUCACUGUAUAUAAACUAAGAGACUACUUUGGGUACUUGAAUGUAAUAAUAAAUAAAUUCAUGUUGGAAUUUACUUG